UACGCCACCAGUUCCCCGCGUUCGUAGAGCACCCAACCCUGUUUGGCGGGAUUUAACCGGGAAGAAGCACUCCCAUUAUUUCGACAUCAUGGAGUUUCCCAGCAGAAGAAGGAAGUUUGCUACCAGUCCUCAGAAGCAGCUCUAUGGACUUCCUCUACAGUUCUAUGGACAACCGCCACUCGAGAACAUCUCUCUCACAGAAUUUGAAACAUUUGCUGUGGAGAGACUGAAACUGUUGAAGACUGUUGAGAAUUUGGGUGUGAGCUACGUGAAACUGUCUGAGCAGUACAUCAAGAAGUUGGAUUUUGAGUUCAGGAACUUGAAUUUUCCUUACAGAGUAGAGGCUGAUGACAGAAAAACUCAGAGCGGGCCAAGUGAAUACGAGAAACGAAGAAAGGACCACAUAUCCCACUUCAUUUUGAGACUCGCCUAUUGCCAGACGGAGGAUCUCAGAAGAUGGUUCAUACAACAGGAAGUGGAUCUAUUGCGCUACCGAUUCAAUGACCUGCAUCCGAAACUGAAGCUGGAAUUUCUACACAAAAAUAAUCUAAAAUAUGAUGCGAUUCCUAUCGAGGAGAAGCGAGCUCUGCAAGAUAAACUUGUCAACUCCAGCUACGGGGUUAGUGGAAUCACUGUGGAGGAUCAAGAGUUCUACAAAGUUCCUUUCCAACAUGCUCUGGAUCUGGUACGAACAAGGAAAGUCUACCUCAAAGCGGGCUACGUGUACGUUCCUCACCAGGACAUCGUCACAAUUGUGCUCAAUGAUUUUCGCACAAGGUUGUCUAAAGCUCUUGCGCUGACGGCGCGUUCGCUACCGGCAGUGCAGUCUGAUGAACGGCUCCAGCCGCUCCUUAACCACCUCAGCCAUUCCUAUUUGGGACAGGACUACAGCAUCCAGAAGAAUGUUGGUAAAAUCUCCUUGGAACAAAUUGAUUCACUGUCAGGCAAAUCCUUCCCUCUGUGCAUGAGGCAGCUCCAUCAGUCCUUAAGAGAGAAUCACCAUCUCCGCCAUGGGGGCCGCAUGCAGUACGGCCUCUUUCUCAAGGGCAUCGGUCUCUCUCUGGAGCAGGCGCUGCAGUUCUGGAGGUCGGAAUUCAUCAGAGGCAAAGUGGACGCGGACAAGUUUGACAAAGCGUACGCUUACAGCAUCCGCCACAUGUUUGGCAAAGAAGGCAAGAGGACGGACUACACCCCUUACAGCUGCAUGAAAGUGAUUAUGUCAAACCCGCCCAGCCAAGGCGACCAUCAUGGGUGUCCGUUUCGUCACAGUGACCCGGAUCUGCUGAAACAGAAGCUACAGUUCUACAAGGUGUCCCCCAGUGGGGUCAGUCAGAUAUUGGACCUGGUGAAGGGGAUGCACUACCAGCUGGCCUGCCAGAAGUACUUUGAGCUGACUCACAAUGUGGAGGACGCCAAUUUCUCCCUCAAUCACCCCAACCAGUACUUUGUGGAGAGCCAGAAGAUUUUGGGGGGAGGCAAAGAUGUCAAGCGCGAGAUGAUGGACACCCCGCAGAGGUCACAGGUCAAGUCUGCAUUUAAAAACUCUUCUGGAGCUCGAGAGAAGGUGGUGGCGAACCCUAACCCAUCGCAGGAUUUGGCCAAGAUGACGGAAGAUCUAGACUGAUACUUUCAAGACGCCUGAGUUCUUUUCCCAUAUUUAGUAAAUUAAUGUUCUCAAUAUAAAGCUGAGGGUUUUUAAAAAUCGUGCAUUGAGAUGCCCUGGACAGGAAAGGACAUUCACCUUCACUCUCGACCAAAAGUCACAUUGCCUUCUUCAUUAAACAUCUUUUCAAUAUGUUGACACACUUGAUCCAAGUUGACUUGAUGGUUGCUUUGGCCUGAGUUCCGGUUCUGGUGGUGCUAAGUAAAACAUUUUCCAGCUGCCUCAGUAACAAUAGCAUUGUAUUUGCUGGAAACAGUGUAGAUGAAUGGUGGCAGCUGGUUGGACAGAAAUAAACAAUUCUCCCAAGUUGUA